AUGGACAAUAGCGGCUUCCGGAUCGUAAUAGUCGGCGGCGGCCCCGUCGGCCUGAUCAUGGCUCACAUGCUCUCGAAGGCAGACAUCGACUUCGUGCUCCUCGAGCGCCGGCCGAGCAUAUCCGAGGACGUCGGCGCGAGCCUGGCCCUCACCCCAAGCGGGCUUCGCGUCCUGGCGCAGCUCGGACUCCUCGACGGGCUCCUCGCCACCGGCGUGGGGAUGCAGCGCAACAUUUCAACUACGAAGGACGGGCGCGUAUUCCGGUCAUUGCCUACCCUAGGGUUCUUCAAGGAUUAUUGCGGAUGCGAUGCGCACGCGUUCGACCGGGCCUGGCUCACUCAGGCCCUUUACGACGCGCUGAGCGAGCACGCAAAGUCCCGCGUCUUCACUGACAAGAAGGUAGUCGACGUCGCGACCGACGAUGCCGGCGUCGCCGUCCACUGCGUAGAUGGAACUCGAUACGGCGGGUCGAUUGUCGUCGGCGCUGAGGGCGUCCACAGCAUCGUCCGCCAGCGUAUACAGGCGCUCGCCCGAGACGCCACUCGGACAUCAUCCUCUGUCGAGCCAUCAAUUGCCGAUACCGGCGAUGAUGACGGGAAAUCUUUCUCGUGCGAGUACCGCACGCUAUGGUGCUCGUUCCCCGCUCAGCCGAGUCUCCACGAGCCCGGGACGCAGUACCUAACGCACGGGUGGGACUACGUGGUGCAGCUUCUCGCGGGGAGAACAAAGUCCUGGCUUUUCUUGCACGAGCGGCUCGCGGCCACCGCUACCGGCGCCCCGGAGGUGUCAGGAAGAAACUACUCGGUGGCGGAGGCGGCGGCGCCCUGGGAGCGGUGGGAGCACUUGCCCCUCGUUGGGGAAGACAGGAGGGGAGGAGAGGGCGAAGAUGGGAAGGCGACACAGUUCCGGCUACGCGAUGCGUUGGCGUGCUGCUACCGCGCCGGCGCGGCCAACGUAGAGGAGGGCGUGGCGCGGCGGUGGACGUGGGGCCGUGCGGCGAUCGUCGGCGACGCGGCGCACAAGUUCAGCCCGUCUCAGGGGCUCGGGUUCAGCUGCGGCGUGCAGGACGCGGCUGCGCUGACGAACGAGGUGCGGCGGGUAACUCGAGGGGCAGGCCACGGGGCCAAAGGAGGGGAAGACGUGUCCAGCCCGAGCGUGCGGGAUCCGACUGCUGUUCUGGAGAGGUACCAGGAGGCACGUCGUGAGCGCGCUGAGUACGAUAACGAGAUCUCUGCUAGGACGGUGCGGCUGUCGGCGUGGCGGAACACGAUCUCCUGGCUCUUUAGCUACUGGGUGCUGCCGUUGGCGCCCGGCUGGCUUAGCCGAUGGAUACUCCGGUACUCCUUAGGCGAUAGUAUGCGUCGCGCCGUGGUGCUGGACUUCCUAGAGGGCGAGGAGCCGUUUGUGGGGAGCGUCCCCUGGGUCCACCCUAUCCCGAAGCCGGUCCCGCCGGCAUCGUCAUGGAGGGCGUAG